AUGACUGUUACAAAUUCCGAAAGAGUGCCAGCAACCAUGUUUGCAUGGAGGAAACACAAAGGAAGUCCAAAGCCGGUUUUCGAAGAAGUGUCCGUUCCCAAAGCAUCGCCAAAUGGCAUUCUUUUUUGUAGAAGCGACCAUUCGCUCCUCACGAUAGAGAAGCAAGCAUCUUGGUUCCAGGAAAAGUAUAUCCUGGGCCACGAAGGCUGCGGACAGAUUAUUGAAAUAGGCAGUAAUGUUCGAGAUAACGUACUGAAAGUGGGAGAUAUUGUGGCUCUUCAUGCGGUCCCAGGCUGUGGACAAGACGAUUGCCCCGAAUGUUCUCGUGAUCUGGCUCAACUGUGUGAAAGAGGCCAUCACUCGGGCAUUGGCCAAGAUGGCUUUUACGCACCAUAUACCGCAGUUGAUAUCAGAGCUGCAGUCAAAGUCCCUGAUGGUGUCAGCCCAGCAGAAGCUGCUGUAGCCACUGACGCUGUGAACACAGCAUUUCACGCCAUCACUAGGAGAGGAGAAGUCAAAAAGCAUGAGACAGUAUUUCUAUUCGGUCUUGGUGGGCUAGGUUUCAAUGCUCUUCAAAUUGUUCGUUAUAUUGGGGCAAGAGUGAUAGUUUCCGAUAUUCGACAAGAACUGCUUGAUGAAGCCAAAGCUCUGGGCAUACAUGAGAAAGAUAUUGUCCCAGUAGGAAAACCUCCCCAGGACUUCAUCAAAGAGAAUGGCUUGGAAGGAAAGAUCGACACCGUUCUUGACUUUGUUGGUACCCAUCAGACAUUUGAAGAUGCUCAACAUAUCGUACGUCGUGGUGGCAAACUUCUUUGCAUUGGCAGUCUUGACACAGAAAACACCAUUCACAUGAAGAUUGGCACCAGAAAGAGGCUUUCCUUCAUCUUCUCUUAUGGUGGUCAAGUCAGAGAUUUGGAGAAGGUUCUUGAACUUAUCGCUUCUGGCCAUAUUAGUCCCCGAGUUGAAACCAGAAAGCUUCCGGACUUUGAGGAAGUUCUUGGGGCAUUGGGUGAAGGAAAGAUCAAGGCGAGAGUGGCAUUACUACAUGAUUAG